AUGGUGGCAGGCCGCACCCCGGAAACCGGAAGAAACCUGUUGCAAUUCAUUCCUUUAAUGAGCGAAUCGUUGCCUAGAAUGAAAGAUUGUGCACACUGUGGUGCGGCUAAAUUUUACUCUGAAACGAAGAAUUUUUGUUGCUCAAAUGGUCGUGUUGUUUUGGCUAACAACGAACUCCCAGCCAUCCUGAAGCAACUUUUGACAUCACCAUCAGAAGAAGCAAAGGCAUUUAGAACAUGCAUUAGGACAUAUAACAACCUAUUUGCUUUUACUUCUUUGGGCGUAAAGUCAGAUACCACCCUUGCCAAGAGGAACAAGGGCAUUUACACAUUUAGGGUGCAAGGUCAAGUUUACCAUUUCAUAAAUGAUUUGCAUCCCGGUGACGAUGGUGCCAAAAACCUCCAGCUUUAUUUCCAUGACACUGAACAUGAAAUGCAAAAUCGUCUAGCAUCUUGUGAAAGGCUAUCUGAACCAGCAAUUGGCAUAUGCAUGGAAGUGCUUCUGCAAAACCCUUAUGCUUGUUUCUUUCGAACACUUAAAAACGUCCCUCAUUUGGAGAACUACCAGAUAAUCCUUAAAACACUUCCAUCACAAGAUCAAAGAGUGUACAAUAAACCAGAAGUCUCACAGGUUGCAGCACUUUGGAUAGAUGGUGGAGAAGAUGGGGACCAUGGUCAUAGGAACAUUGAAGUUAAAACGCACAACAACCAUUCUAGAAGAAUACAUUAUUAUUACGGUUGUGAUGACCCGUUACAGUAUCCUUUAAUGUUCCCGUUUGGCGAACUUGUCUUGGCCCAAAAUGAUGCAGAUUAUGUCUCUAUGAGAGAGUAUUAUUGCUACAAGCUCCAAAUUAGGAAGUAUGACAGAUCGUGUCUCUUACAGUUUGGUAGACUCCUCCAACAGUAUGUAGUUGACAACUACGUCAAACUUGAAACACAAAGAUUAGACUUUUACAGAACACAACAACAAGAAAUUAGAAAAGAAUAUCUGCAAGGAGUAGUGGAUGCAGUAGCAGCAGGUGAGACCCAAGGUUCAAAGGUUGGCCAACGAAUAAUCCUUCCAUCUAGCUUUAUUGGGGGGCCAAGAAACAUGCGUCAGAAAUACAUAGACGCCAUGACAUUAGUGCAAAAAUUUGGAAAACCCGAUAUAUUUUUGACAAUGACAUGUAACCCAAAUUGGCCAGAAAUCAAAGACCUUUUGAUACCGCAAGAAGAAUCACAGAAUCGAGCAGAUCUGGUGGUAAGAGCUUUCCAUGCAAGGCUUGAACUGCUGAAAGAAGACCUCUUUAAGAAACAUAUAUUCGGUGAAGUAGCAGCCUACACUUAUGUUAUAGAAUUUCAAAAGAGAGGUCUUCCACACGCACAUUUUCUCAUUAUAUUGAAACCUCACUGCAAGAUGUAUAGGCCAGAAGAAUAUGAUGAGAUUGUGUCGACAGAAAUACCAAAUGAGAAGGAUAACCCUCACUUGUAUAAAAUGGUUGUCAAGCACAUGCUUCAUGGCCCGUGUGGUAUACUGAACGUUGAUAAUGUUUGUAUGAAAAAGAAUGGUACUUGCAAAAACUCAUACCCGAGGCCUUAUUCUAAUGAGACCACUCAAACAUCUGAUGCAUACCCGAUCUACCGGAGGCGAAAAAAUGGGGUGACAGUCAAAGUUAGGAAAGCUACACUUGAUAACCGAUGGGUGAUACCAUACAAUCCCUACUUGCUAGCAAAAAUAAGUUUUGCUGUGUCAUCGAAUAAUGAUUCCACGCUGAUAGAUGAAAUAGACCAAUAUCAGUCAGGGAGAUGGGUUUCGGCUCCAGAAGCAACAUGGAGGUUCUACAGAACUGACAAGUUGGCCCAAGACUUGGACUUGACCUACUCUGAGUUCCCAGAUCAUUUUGUUUGGCUGCAAGGGGACAGAUUUUGGAAACAUAGAGACCUAGGGGAUUCUGUAGGCCGAAUAGUAGCAGCUCAUCCAACUGAAGGUGAAAGGUAUUACUUGAGAAUACUAUUGUCAAAAGUCUGUUGUCCUAAGUCCUUCAGUGAUUUAAAAAUGUUUAAUGCCCAUCAGACCACCACUUUUAGGGAAGCAUGCUUGUUACGUGGCUAUUUGGUAGAUGAUAAUAGCCAGCAAUUAUGUUUACAAGAGGCCUCUACUUUCCACUUGCCCUAUGAACUCAGACGCCUUUUUGCCACCCUUCUGGUUUAUUCAUGCCCCAACAACCCUCAAGCCCUGUGGUUAGCUUAUGAAGAUUUAAUGGUGGAAGACCUAUUAAGAUUUAACCAGAUGACACAUAGAGAAGCUACAAAGCAGGCGUUGUUACAGGUCAAUGGAUUUUUACAGUCCAUGGGCAGAAACAUUCAUGAAUUUGAUCUGGCACCACAAGCAUACUCAUAUGCUGACCUUCAAGAUUUGACAAGAGAAAUUAGAGCUGAACAAGGUAUUAUAGUCUCGCAGGAAGAUCUUGAUACAAUAAUAAAACUCAAUGAAAAGCAAAAAAUAGCCUUCGAUAUAAUAAUUGGGAGAGUACAUUCAAAUGAAGGUGGUGCUUUCUUUGUUGAUGGCCCUGGUGGUACGGGAAAAACGUAUAUGUAUAGGGCUUUAUUAGCAAAGAUUAGAUCAGAAACACAUAUAGCGCUGGCAACCGCCACUUCAGGCAUAGCAGCGUCAAUACUCCCUGGGGGUAGGACGGCUCAUUCAAGAUUCAAAAUCCCACUUGACUUAGUCGAAGGAGGAACCUGUAGAGUUAGCAAACAAAGUUCUUUGACAACUCUAAUUAAAGGCUCUAAGCUGAUCAUAUGGGAUGAGGCCCCAAUGGCCAAAAGGACCGCUAUCGAGGCUUUAGAUGAUCUUUUGCAAGAUCUCAUGGAUUCAAAGGAACUUUUUGGGGGUAAGGUUGUCGUGCUUGGUGGAGAUUUUAGACAGACACUACCCGUGGUGCGCAAGGGUACUAAGGCGGAAACUAUUGCUGCAUGUCUAACUAAAUCUCCAUUAUGGCCAUCACUUCACAUAUUACGUUUGGAAGAGAACAUGAGAGCUUUGUUAGACCCUGCUUUCAGCGAGUUUCUGCUCAAAAUUGGCAACGGAACCCAACCCACGGAUGAAAAUGACCUAAUCAACAUUCCUGCCUCCAUGCUCAUUGACAGACAUUCAGAAACUGCCUCCUUAGAUGCCCUCAUUGAAUCUGUCUACCCAAAUAUUCAGACCUUUAGUGGCUCAUGUGCUUUAAAUCGUGCCAUACUAACAACCAAAAAUAUAUUUGUUGAUGAGAUUAAUGACCUCUUGAUACAAAAAUUCCCAGGUGAGCUAACGGAAUAUGCAAGCUUUGAUGAGACGAUAGAUCCAAAUGACCAAACUCAGUAUGAGGACUUUUUGCAUUCGCUUACACCAAAUGGUAUGCCACCUCAUAGGCUUUUUUUGAAACCAAACUCGCCUAUCAUUCUGUUAAGAAACUUGAACCCUACUGAAGGAUUAUGCAAUGGGACUAGAUUAAUAUGCAGAGAUUUGAGAAGCAACGUCAUACAUGCUGAGAUUGCUUUUGAAACUUUGCUGGCAAAGAAGUUUUUAUACAUAGAAUACCUUUCCUCCAACUGA